CUACUAUAAUCCAUCUAUUUUUGUAGCUUAAUAAAUUUCUUCUUCGAUCAAACAAACAAAAAAAAAAAAACAUCGAUUCAAACAAAGAUGUCGCCUUUCUUCUCACUCCUCUUCUUCUUCUUCUUCCUCAUCUCCCACUCAUCCAUGGCAAUGGCAGCCCUUGUUAAGGACCCACCUCUGGUCUUAAAAUACCACAACGGCCCUCUUUUGAAAGGCAAAGUAACCCUUAAUCUCCUCUGGUAUGGCCAAUUCACCCCAACCCAACGCUCCAUAAUUUCCGAUUUCAUCCUCUCUCUCACCAGUACCUCCGUCAAAUCCCCCCCGUCGCCCUCCGUCAACUCCUGGUGGCGCACAACCGAUAAAUUCAAAGGCGGCGCCUCCACUCUCAUACUCGGAAAACAAACGCUCGACCAGACCUAUUCUCUUGGAAAGUCCUUAACCAACAAACAUCUAAUCGCCUUGGCUUCUAAAACUAAUACUGCUGCUGGUCUUAACAACAACACGGUUAACGUCGUAUUAACGGCAAACGACGUGGCCGUUAGCGGUUUCUGCAGCAGGUGCGGGACCCACAGUUCGGUCAGGACAAAAACUGGGCGUAUGGUUUACGCGUGGGUUGGGAAUUCGGAGACUCAGUGUCCUGGUCAGUGCGCGUGGCCCUUUCACCAACCAAUAUACGGUCCACAGACGGCGCCGUUAGUGGCUCCUAACGGCGACGUGGGUUUAGACGGAAUGGUGAUAAAUCUGGCGACGGUGUUGGCGGGGACGAUAACGAAUCCGUUUAACAGUGGGUAUUUUCAGGGUCCGGUUAUGGCUCCGUUAGAGGCGGUAACGGCUUGCACCGGGAUGUUUGGAUCGGGUGCGUACCCGGGAUAUGCGGGUGAGGUUAUUUUGGAUAAGGAAACGGGUGCGAGCUAUAAUGCGCAGGGGGUGGAGGGUAGGAAGUAUUUGUUACCGGCCAUGUGGGACCCAACCACUUCAAAAUGCUCCACUUUAGUUUGAUUUGAUUUGAUGAUGUGAAAGGAACAAGGGCUUGGAUAUGGUGUGUGCACGUACAUCAUAUAUAUACAAUGGUAUCUCCUUUAAGAUUUUAUUUGGUAAAAGUAAAACAAUUGUUGUUUGUCUUCUUUUUGUAGCACUUUGUAUAUGCACGUUUUUAUUUCAGUAUAUUGUUAUUAAUAUAUUAUAAAAGCAAGAAAUAAAAUAAAUGGUCUU